UGGCGAGGCCCGCUCAUCCGCAGAGCUGCUGCGCGAGAGACGGGCAACUGCUUUCGAUUGUUGGCGGGCGCCGCCAUCUUGGUCAGUGAGCUUGCGAGUGGCUGUACGUCUCGAGGAGCGGCGAAGGUGCUUCGGUGCGUGCGGUCUUUCGUUAUUAUCAGAGCUCGCUGCCGGUCGCUGCCAGACGAAGAGUUCUCGGUUUCGCGAAUUUCGCCUUUCCCUUUUCGCCAUCGGAGAACAGCGUUCCGGCGUAUCUCGCGAUAAAUCCUCCUACCUGUGUGCGUGAGAAAUCCGAGCGCAUCCGAGAUGUCGGAACGGGAGGACAACGUUUACAAGGCGAAACUGGCGGAGCAAGCGGAACGCUAUGACGAGAUGGUUGAAGCAAUGAAGAAAGUGGCUUCGUUGGACGUGGAGCUCACCGUCGAAGAAAGGAAUCUUCUCUCAGUGGCAUACAAAAAUGUCAUUGGAGCAAGGAGAGCCUCCUGGAGAAUAAUCUCGAGUAUCGAACAGAAGGAGGAGAAUAAGGGAGCAGAAGGAAAACUAGAAAUGAUUCGCCAGUACCGAUCUCAAGUGGAAAAGGAGCUCAGGGAUAUUUGCGCCGAUAUCCUCGGCGUCUUGGAUAAGCAUUUGAUACCGUGUGCCUCCACGGGAGAAUCCAAAGUCUUCUAUUAUAAAAUGAAGGGCGAUUAUCAUCGUUACUUGGCGGAAUUCGCCAUCGGCAACGAUAGGAAGGAAGCGGCAGAGAACUCUUUAGUAGCGUAUAAAGCAGCGAGCGACAUCGCCAUGACGGAACUGCCGCCGACCCAUCCCAUUCGUCUGGGAUUAGCGCUCAACUUUUCCGUGUUCUACUACGAGAUCCUUAAUAGUCCUGACAGAGCGUGCCGCUUAGCGAAGGCAGCCUUCGACGACGCGAUCGCCGAAUUGGAUACGCUGUCCGAGGAAAGCUACAAAGAUUCCACCCUCAUAAUGCAGCUCCUCAGGGACAACCUCACUCUAUGGACAUCGGAUAUGCAGGGAGACGGUGAAGCCGAACAAAAGGAGCAACUGCAAGACGUGGAAGACCAGGACGUAUCGUAACUCUAGCUGUAGUGAGUGUUAUCUUGCGCAUAUAAAACUGAGACACAAGAAAAAAACUCUUAAUAACUCAUAAGCAAAAGAAAUAAACCAAUUCAGCAGAUGGCAGUUCGGGGUAGGAAGGGGAGAGAUCUUUAGAAAUUUGCGUGACCCUUAAAAAAGUACGUACGCGCCGUUAUUUAAAAAAAAAAAAACAGAGCGGCAGCAGUGACAAACAACAAUAGCGAUAACAAAAUUAAUUAAUAACAUAAAUCAUUUGAUUGCAUUAUAUAUUACGUACACACAUAUAUAAUACACGAUUGAAUUUCGGAGCACGCAGAAGCAAAAGAGAACACGCACUCUGCGGUAAAUAGAGACUGCAAAGCAUUUAGAAAGGAGAGGCACUUUUUAAGUUGCCCCGUGUUUGCGUAUCGAGAGGAAAAGUAUUUCUAUUUUGCAUGCCACUAUCCGUUCAAAAUUACCGACGACGUAAAUCGUCAGCGUUCAGGAUUAAAUCCUGUUUCAAUGAGUGAAAACGAAUUACGUGUAUCGCGUACAUAUUUUACAAUAGCGAAAGGAAAAAAAAAUAGAAUUGCUCUAUCUACCGAGACGCAUUUGUGUGUGUUCGUCUGUCCUUAUCCUGACCUGACCACCAUCGAUCCUUUAUUCUUUCUCUCUUUCUCCAAAUUUUCUCUUUUCCGUCCUGCUACCUGAAUCCUUGCUUUUUUACUGCGCGCACGAUCGUCUCGUGUACACUAAUUGCUACGAUAUUAUUAACGUAUGCGUGUAAAUGGAUUUAUUUAGAGAUAAACAUACAUACGCUCAUACUUUUCUUUCUCUCUUUACGGAAAUAACGGCGGCGUCCUCACAUUGCCAAUUGUUAAGACGGACCUCGCUUUCGAGCUUGUAACUCUGUGUAAUAAGAUAUGUACUUCUGACAAAAGAUCCGAGUGUAAUAUUAUAUAGAUAGCUGAGAAAAAAGAAACUCUCUAAAAUUCACACAUGGAUUUUUGGAUGGCAUAGCCGAGCUGAGGAGACGAGAAUAUGCUUACUUCGAUUUGCCCCUCCUCUCUCUCCCCCCUCCCCUCCCCGUCUGUAUCUUGUCAAAUGCAAUAAAUUCGCCUGAUUGUGAGCUUUCGUAAAGAGACCGUCGCGAAGGGGCUUGAUAAUGCGAAUGACGGAAAGCUAAAAAAAAGUGUGCGUCGUCGAAAUUUUUUUCAAUUUCGUUGAUUUUUUUUAUCGACAUUUUUCCGAAGCGAGCGUCUCAUCGCGUCAGCUCGACAUCGUGUAGCGUCGUUGAUUGAUCGAUUAAAAAAGGGAAAAAAAAAACAAAAAGUGAAAGGAAGAAGGGGAAAAAAUGAGAGAAGAUUUCGUUAUAUAGUGAGCCUUUUUAGCGUUAUUAUUACGUUUACUCACAGCAAACAAGCAACUAUCUAGCUAGUCUGUAAUGUGGUUGUACGUUUUCAUACGCCCGUUGUGUAAACUAAAUAUCGAUUGCUGUGGUAUAAGAACAGAAUAAAUGACUGUACCCCCGAGA